UAAGCUAACGUUAGCUAGCACAAGGACGAGGAGAUAAAACAGCAUAUUUACAUUCAAGCGCUUCUCGGGGAACGUCAAUAAGCGGCACGUCUUUGUUUUACAAUAACAAUCAAAAAGGAGAGUAUUGCUCUACAGUUAAAUAAUUUGGGGCACGAUCGAAACAUGCUCCGGACUAUGACGCUUGUUUUUUCCUUGCCUAUUCGGGGAUUGUGAUGCGAGGUGCUCCGGUGAGACCGCGAGCGACAUUAGGAAAUCAUUUUAAAAAAAUAGAAUGAUAAACUCGAAAACGAAGUAUUUGGGUUUACCGAAAGGUGCAUAAAACUAAACUGGUCUAGGUGUCAUUGUUGGGUAACUACUUUAGCUAGGUAGCUAGUUUGCUUAAUGCACAAUACAUAGUAUUUUGCUAACGUAAUGGAGGCACCGUGAGCGAUUGUACAGUUUUAGCUAGUUAGCCAGGUAACGUUAAAUGGUCACCCAAAAUAUAGUUAUAACGUUAGCUAGCUUCCACAUCCACUUUUAGAGUGUGCUGACAAACAAAAUAGAGAAUACUGUAACUAAAAACGGCUAUAUAUGCACUUCAUUGAUAUCUAUCGUGGUUACCUAGCAUUAAAUUAGCUAGCCAAAGAAGUAUAAACUAGAUUGAGACUAGCUACUGUCGCAGGAUAAUACGUUAUUUCUCGGUUAGGAUUUGUCUGUCACAGUCGUUUGACAUGUGUUGCCUUUAGAUCUUGAUAAUUUGACAACUAUUUACAGUUGCUGGACAUGUGAUAUGGUCAAUUUAUCAAAGGUUUUCUGAAUUACAAUUUCAGGCUAUAAAUAUUCUGAAUUGCAGGCACGCAUCACGUAUCAAACCAGUCAAGAAAUGAUAUCUUGAAAUAGUUGUGCAUGUGAGCACAAAUAGCUGUUUUGUCAAUCAAUUACGUUUAUCACUCAGAAUGCACUUUAUAUUGUCGUUGUUGACAUGUCAAAACAAAGUUGUAAACAUUCUUGAUGAAAGUACUUAUUACAAAUUGUUAGCUAUUUUAGGAUCAAAGACCAACAUUCAAAGGCUAGACUGAAAUCAACCUUGUGUCAAGUGCGGAGUUCUCGAAUCCCGUCAAAUUGCUAGAUCAAUUGCCAACACUAUCUUCCUGGAAAUGAAAAUAUGAAUAUCGAGGAGCAAGCUCUAGAUUUGUGCAAUGUCAAAAUGAAGAGUAAUGUCGAUGACAAUACUACCAAUAACUCGGAAGAGAUCAUACCCCGGAUUUCGGAACUGAUGGAUGGAGACUUGUGCAAACAAGGCAUUGGCACCGAGGUCGCCGACACAUCCUCUCUAGCCAGGCUCACAGACAACCCGCGGGGGGAGGACAACCACCGGUCAAAAGAGACACUAGAAAUCGACGAAGUGAACGGGAAUAAGAACAACAGCGUCCCAGAUACCCCUGCAAUAGUCAGUUCUGACUUUGCCGUUUCUAAUGACGACCAAGACCAAGAGGAGAGUAUCAAGGAUACAACACCAUCGGCCCUCAUGUUUGCUAUUGAGGAAGGGGAUGAUGGUGGGGAUAUGGACAUUAGUGUGGAUUUGAGCCUGGAUGAAAGUGGCAUGUUGGAGUCAGAACCUACAGACCAAGGACCAUCCCUAACAGAGGAGACAUUCUCAAGCGGUACCAAUCCAGAUUCAUCUACCCCAGAUGUUGUCACGGACAAGGAACCUGAUAAACCCUCAGAACAGGAGGACUCGCCACCUGUCAUUGCCACAGGAGAGGCCCUCUCUCCAGCCCUGGAUGAGGGGGACGAUAAACACAAAAAUGGCAAGAGGGUGACUUUUCCUUCAGAUGAGGAUAUUGUCUCUGGAGCAGUGGAGCCCAAGGACCCUUGGAGACAUGCCCAGAAUGUGACGGUGGAUGAGAUUCUCUCUGCCUACAGACAGGCCUGCGUGAAACUCAACUGUAAACUCAUCCCCAAAGUGCUCAAACAGAUGCAGGAGCUGAAAGACCUAACUCAUCGAAACGAAUGCCUGGACCUUAAAGGUGAGAAGCUGGACUAUAAGGCGUGUGAGUCCCUGGAGGAGGUGUUCAAGAGGGUCCAGUUUAAAGUGGUGGACCUGGAGCAGACCAGCCUGGAUGAAGAUGGUGCGUCCGCUCUCUUUGACAUGAUUGAGUACUAUGAGUCGGCCACACACCUCAACAUUUCCUUCAACAAGCACAUCGGCACCCGCGGCUGGCAGGCCGCAGCCCACAUGAUGAGGAAGACGAGCUCUCUGCAGUACCUUGACGCCCGCAACACGCCCCUGCUGGACCACUCUGCCCCGUUUGUGGCACGGGCUCUCCGCAUCAGCGGCAGUCUUGCUGUGCUGCACCUGGAGAACGCUGGGCUUUCUGGACGACCACUCAUGCUGCUGGCCACGGCUCUGAAGAUGAACAUGAACCUACGGGAGCUGUACUUGGCUGAUAACAAGCUGAACGGCCUGCAGGACUCGGCACAGCUGGGCAACUUGCUCAAGUUCAACUGCAACAUCCAGAUACUGGACCUCCGCAACAACCACAUACUGGACUCUGGUCUGGCCUAUGUCUGUGAAGGCCUGAAGGAACAGAGGAAAGGCCUGGUCACUCUGGUGCUCUGGAACAACCAGCUAACGCACAACGGCAUGGGCUACCUCGCAGCUGCACUGCCCUGUACCCAGAGUUUGGAGACCCUAAAUCUGGGCCAUAACUCUGUGGGGAACGAGGGGGUCCACAAGCUGAAGGACGGGCUGAUCUCCAACCGCUCGGUGCUCAGGCUUGGCCUGGCGUCCACCAAGCUGUCCUGCGAGGGUGCCGUGGCAGUGGCAGAGUUCAUCGCAGAGAGCCCCCGGCUGCUGCGUCUGGACCUGAGGGAGAACGAGAUCAAGACGGGGGGCCUCAUGGCCCUCUCCCUGGCCCUCAAAGUCAACACCUCCCUCCUACGCCUCGACCUGGACCGAGAGCCCAAGAAAGAGACUGUGAAGAGCUUCAUCGAUACGCAGCGUUCCCUGCUGGCUGAGAUCCAGAACGGCUGCAAGCGGAACUUCAUCCUAGCCAAGGAGAAGGAGGAGACCGAGCAGCAGAUGCAUUCGGCCUCCAUGGCCGAGAUCGCCACCGAGGACAGAACCGAAGAGGAGGAUGGAGCUGAUUCCGGCGAGCAUGUUGAAAAAGAUGGGGAAGACAGUGAGUGUGAGGGAGGAAAGGAAGGAGUAAAAGACACUGAGAGCCUGACUGACAGCCAAUCGGCAGUGCGCUCUGAGGGAAUAGUGUUGCCUUUGCUGUUGGAGUCAGACUCGGACACAGACGACGAUGAGGAGGAAGAGGUGGUUCUCUCUAAAGCUCCCUCCGUCUCCCCUGUCCCCAAACACACUGGCCCUUCACUCCGGGCAGCGACAACCCAGCACCCCCUCAGUGCUUCACAGAUGCCAACCGCCCCCUUUACCCCACCAGCUACGGGGGCUUUCAUUUCAGGGAUCACCGUCACGGAGUCCACGGGCCCCCCCGGUACGCCCCCUUCGCCGGGCCGCUGUAUCUCUGUGUCGAGCCCCGGGAGGGGCCACAAGAUCUUCAUGGUGACCAGAGUAGAGAGCCCCUCUGACCAGCAGCAGGUUCUGGGGAAGAUUGGCAUGCACAACCCCAAGGCCUCAAAGGAGCCAGUGGUGUCACUAGUGAAGCAAACCACACAUCGACCACAGGCCCCUUCACAACCCUCACAGGAGGAGGUGAGAACAGAACAGACACAACCCCAGACCAUGCCCACGCCACUGACACAGGAAGUGAGACAGAGCCUGACGGAACAGACACAACCCCAGACCACGCCCACGCCACUGACACAGGAAGUGAGACAGAGCCUGACGGGACAGACACAACCCCAGACCACGCCACUGACACAGGAGGUGACACAGAGCCUGACAGAACAGAUACAACCCCAGACCACGCCACUGACACAGGAAGUGAGACAGAGCCUGACGGGACAGACACAACCCCAGACCACGCCCACGCCACUGACACAGGAAGUGAGACAGAGCCUGACGGGACAGACACAACCCCAGACCACGCCCACGCCACUGACACAGGAAGUGAGACAGAGCCUGACGGGACAGACACAACCCCAGACCACGCCCACGCCGCUGACACAGGAAGUGAGACAGAGCCUGACGGAACAGACACAACCCCAGACCACGCCCACGCCACUGACACAGGAAGUGAGACAGAGCCUGACAGAACAGAUACAACCCCAGACCACGCCACUGACACAGGAAGUGAGACAGAGCCUGACGGAACAGACACAACCCCAGACCACGCCCACGCCACUGACACAGGAGGUGAGACAGAGCCUGACGGAACAGAUACAACCCCAGACCACGCCACUGACACAGGAAGUGAGACAGAGCCUGACGGAACAGACACAACCCCAGACCACGCCCACGCCACUGACACAGGAGGUGACACAGAGCCUGACAGAACAGAUACAACCCCAGACCACGCCACUGACACAGGAAGUGAGACAGAGCCUGACGGAACAGACACAACCCCAGACCACGCCCACGCCACUGACACAGGAGGUGAGACAGAGCCUGACGGAACAGACACAACCCCAGACCACGCCCACGCCACUGACACAGGAGGUGAGACAGAGCCUGACGGGACAGACACAACCCCAGACCACGCCCACGCCGCUGACACAGGAGGUGACACAGAGCCUGACAGAACAGACACAACCCCAGACCACGCCCACGCCACUGACACAGGAGGUGAGACAGAGCCUGACGGAACAGACACAACCCCAGACCACGCCCACGCCACUGACACAGGAGGUGACACAGAGCCUGACGGAACAGACACAACCCCAGACCACGCCACUGACACAGGAAGUGAGACAGAGCCUGACGGAACAGACACAACCCCAGACCACGCCCACGCCACUGACACAGGAGGUGAGACAGAGCCUGACGGAACAGACACAACCCCAGACCACGCCCACGCCACUGACACAGGAGGUGAGACAGAGCCUGACGGAACAGACACAAACCCAGACCACGCCCACGCCGCUGACACAGGAGGUGAGACAGAGCCUGACAGAACAGACACAACCCCAAACCACGCCACUGACACGGGGGCUGGUCCAGAGUUUAGAUGAACCACAGACAAUAGAUCCUAAACAGACGGAGAAGAGUCCUGUUGCGCCAGAGGAACCUUCUUCCGAGGAGGACGUAGUAGAGACUCCUAAUGACCCGUCUGAGACGCUAGAACCACCAUCCAACCUCCUAACCCAACCCACAGAGGAGGAAGUCGAGGGCGUUCUAGACAGUUCGCAACCUGUACUGGCAGAGCAGAGCCCAGGAACAGCAGCCCAGCCAUCACACACACUGUCCCUUCCUACAGAAGAUGUAGCCACUCAAUCACUAGCAUCACCCCAACAGACAGAGCAGAUGGUAGAGACAGCUACAGAGCCCCGGCUAGAACAGUCUGCUGUUGAGCAGCAGUCCACUGAAGCUGCGCUGGAAGGAGAGGUGGUGGUGGGAGAAAAGGAGGCGAGUCAGGACCCAGUAGAAGAGACAUUUCGUGAACAGGCAGAGUCUCAAACCAACACAGAGGAAGAUGAGAUGCAGUCAGAACGGCUUCCACAGCAGGAACAUAUUCCGGAACAGGCUAGUGACACAGUUCAGCAACCAUUAGCGCCGCAACCGUUAGCGCCUCAGCUAGCGAUGCAGACUAACACUAAGCCACUGGGGGAUCUCCUUCUAACAGCACCACUCCAGUCACAGCCUGAAACAGUGCAGCCAGACUCUGAGCUUCUGCCCCCAGAACAGGAACCGGCAGAGACACUUCCACAGGCACACCGACAGGUGGUGCCAGAGAGUCCCUCUGAGCAGGGAGCCACUGAGAGUGUAGCAGAAGCAGAACAGGAACUAUAUCUGUCAGAGGAGGAGCAGCAGCAACUAGCACAACAGGCACUUCCUGUGCAGGUGGAACAGCAGCAACAACAACCUGUUCUAGAGCAACUACAGCAGCAGCCUCUCCAACCAGAGGGGCAAUCACAGACCACCCUUCCCGCCAAGCCCUCACCUGUUCCAGCCGAGACAGACACUGCUCUGGAGGUGGAGGGCUGUAGCUCCCCUCCCAAGGCAGAGGAGUCCCCAGACGAGAGCUCCACGGACGAGGGGGAGAGCGUGGAGGAGGUGGUGGGCUCGGCCCUGCCCAACGGGCUGAAGCCAGAGUUCGUCCUUCACCUGCUGGACCCCGAAGGCCCCAAGCCUGGGCCUGGUAGCUGUGUGAUGGAGCACGUGAGUGUGACAGCAGAACUGAGCUGUGGUCAGGACCUGGAGGAGUUGUUGCUGGAGGCCAGCCUGGAGACUGGGAGAGACGCACCAUAGCUGUGUCAUGGUACACCUACACUAACUACAACGCCACAUUUGCGUGGUUUUGUUGGAGAGAGGAACACAGGAACUCGUAUCGUCUGUGUCUCGGUGACUCUUGUUGCUCCGACAAUUUUUUCCCGUUGUCAUAAUCCCACAACUCACCACCGCCACCUCUAUGACAACAGAGGACCAGUUGUCAUCUAAGUAAUACACCUAAUAAAUAAAAAAAAUAAGACACAAAACAAUAAUCAUUGAGCUUCAUCACAGCACGUAAGGAAUUAACUACGUUUUCAACCGAAACGCACACACGUUAUAUUUUAAAGAAAGUAAUAAUUUUUAAAAAAGAAGGCAAAAGGUUAGUGUGAUUUUCUUCCUAUCACUACAUUCCGUCAAUCAGGAAACCACAUUCAUGCAGGGAGCGGGGGGUGAGAAAGAAGUAGAGAGGGAAGGAGGGGCUUAAUCACUGCUCUAACCCAAGACACAGGACACACUGCUCACCCCCUGCUCCACCCCGACCCUGUGUUCUUGACACUGACACAAAACCUUACUAUUGCCCUCUGCUGGAGGAAAGAGAAGGUGCACAGCUGUAUGUGACAGUGUGGGACCCAGCCAAGAGGGCCCACUGGCUUUUUAGUGUGUCAUUCUCUGACAAUGACAGUUGGGCACAGAGGGUUUUAUAACCAAGGAAGGCGUGACAGGAGAAGGCAUUUGUUUUGUGCGUAUUUGUCCCCCCCCACACCUCGUAAGGGGAUCUCUGCCAAAGUGACUGCUUUCUUUUGUGUUCCUUCCGUUCGCUUUGGCCCCCCCUCAGGAAUCGUCCCCGCCAGUCUCUCUCCAGCAACGCUCUGGAACACCCAAACGAUCUGUCAUCUGCCAAAAACACACCGUCUCAGUCGAAAAUGUAUUUUUGGAUGAGAUGGCGGAGUUACUUUCAUCUAAAGCCUUCUGGAAACCUCUGUAAAUGUUGGAUAACAAAAUGUCUGCCUUGAUGGAGUAAUGCCGUUCAUUACAGAGUAAGUCUACCCUUUUUUUCCUCCACCGGACAGUCAUCAGACAUUCUUUUAUGUUUGUCCGCCCAGAGUGAUUAAAUGUAGUGUGACACUCGAUAGGAGUAACAAGAAAAAGUAGUUCUGACUUUGUCUGUCGUGUCCUCCCCUCUUUCUUUCAGUCUUCUGCCGGUACAACACUGUGCCAUCUCAUUUCCCAGCUCAACGCAGGAUUAAUGUUGCCUUCGACUCGACUAGGUUUAAAUUUCAUCUCCUUUUGUUUUGCUGCUUGGAGAAAUCAGUUGUUUAUUUAUUUUAUAUGAGCCUUUUACUUUGUGUGAUUUAUUGUUCUCCCGUUCUCUCCCUCUUUAUUAGUUAUUUUCCAUGGGGUUUGCUUUUAAAGAUUUCCCCCCUUUGGUGUAUAUUUCAGUUUCAAAUUAGAGCAAUUAUUAUGUAGUUUUUUUUGGGGGGGGGGGGUCUGAUGUGAAUGAGACUGCUGGGUGGAGGGAUCAACGGUUAUGGCAAUAGGGAGGGAGUGCAGUUAUGAAAAUAAACGAAAAGGACGUUUUCCUAAGGAGGGGCAGUGUGAAUGGUGGUUGACAUCACUGAUAACACACUGACUGAGAGACUAUCCCUGUUUUGAGACUUCACAUCUUUAACACUACUGUGCUAGGUUAAGCUAUGGCCACCUGGGGGCGCUGGGGCUGCUGGUGUUUUCCUUUCUAGAUAUACUGUAUUACCCAACAGCAGCUACUGCUUAAGACUCUUGUAGGCCAGGAGGACAUUGAUUUGAACACAAACAUGUGGGUGAAAGUUUGAGUGAACUUCCCAACAACACUGAGGACAUGUGAGCCUGAACGGCCAACGCUGGGAACCUAUGGGCCAGCUACCAAGGGCCCUAUUCAACUGGUAUCCAAAAGGUGCUUUCUUACAGUGCAAGAAGAAUACAGGUUUGUCACAACCGCGGGAUCCUCUGGAUAUAGGUUUUGGUUGAAUAGAGCCCCUUGUUUCAAUCCGUCUGUUCUAUUUCCCCUGGUCAACCAGGUUGUUUUUCAACCCAAAUCGUCAUUGCUGUGCUGCCCUCACUAUUUGUAAUGCUUACAUUUUUUUUGUCAUUUUUAAUUAUUUGUUAAAUUAAUUGAAAUGUGCUGGUAAUCACAAAGAUAUGUAUGGCAACUAUUUUUGUUCCUCUCUCUCUCAAAUAAAUGCAUGUAAUGACUAAUGAA